AUCAAAAAUUGCCUGGGAAUUGUAUCUAUACAUAUUUUGAAAUGAGCCCUAUUUUUAUUACUACUUUUAUUAUUAUCAUCCCUUUAGUGAACCUCUCGUUCCUCUUCUCUGUUCUUCUCCGUUUCCGCCAUUAAAGCGUCUCCGCUACACUCAUUUAUUAUCACCUUUUCAAAUAUCACUCAUUAAAAAAAAAGCCUCUGUCCAUGUCUUUGGUUCACUGAAUAUAACUUAAUUUUAAUUUCAUCAGCAAUGAUGAUAUUUGAUUUGAAUACAAAUGUACAGGAAAUGAAUAAUAGCAGUGGUACGAGCAGUAGUCACUGUAACGAGUUGAAGAAAAUCUGUGUAGAUUGUCAAACGACAAGAACGCCGUGCUGGAGAAGCGGUCCGGAUGGUCCUAAAACUCUGUGUAAUGCGUGUGGGAUCAGAUACAGAAAAAAGAGUAGGAGUGGUGGUGGAUUAGAGAAGAGAGAUCAGAAGAAUAAAAAGAAAAUUGGUAAAAACAGAGCGACAAAUAAUAAUAAUAAUAAUUUAUUGGUUCAGAAUAUGUGGAAGAGGAAGCUGGGAGAGGAAGAACAAGCUGCCUUUCUUUUAAUGGCUUUAUCUUAUGGCUGUGUAUCUGCUUAGAUCAAAAAAAAGUUUGAGGAUUCAAAAGAAAAUUUUGUGAGUUAGAAAGUUGUAAAAGGAAAUUAUUAAGGAAUUUCAGUUAAUACAGAGUGAUUUAUUUUUUUA